AUGGCCCUUCUGAACUUUCUUCUGGCCCGCAAGAGGUUGCCUGCAAAUAUAGGCAAGCUAACACGCUUCAAGAGGAAGUAUCCUGCGAAGAAUUCGUGCGGCCAUAACUUCUGCAUGCAUUGCAUCCAAGGCUGCUGGGAUCGUGACGAGAGGAAGAACCGUCCCUGCGGGUGUCCUACAUGUCGGCAUAAGUUUCCCUCCAGACUCCAAAUGAUCAAGAACACAACUCUAGCUGCCAUGAUGAGGGACACAGAGAGACGGGAUGCUGAGAGGAGACAUUCAGGAGCGGCCAUGCACGCCCUGAAGAGACCCUGGAGCCGUACAGAAACAGGAGCACCAUCGGGAAGCACUUUGUGUGCGAGGCACGGCAACCCCCUGGAUAUUUACUGCUGCACGGAGGGGCACAUCAUAUGUGCCAUGUGUGCGUCAGCUGAGCACAAGGGGCACACCUUUGGGUCGGUGGUGGAGGAAAGGAGGAGGAAGCAGGAGGAGCUGAAGAACGUGCAAACUAAAUCCAAGCAGAAUCUCAAGAAACAGGAAAAUAAAUUAAAGAACAUGGGGAAGACUUUCAAACAGAUUCAGGAGGAGGUGAGAGAAUCACAGGACUACUGUGAAAGCGUCUUGGUCGGCAUCAUUGACUCCCUCCAGAGACAUUACAUGUCAGUGAGGGAGAUGAUCAGAGGCCACGAGGAGGAGGCAGCAGCUCAGCUUCAGAGCUCCCUGCAGACUCUGCAGGUGAAGCUGGAGGAACUGAAGAAGAGAAAUGUUGAGCUGGAUCAACUGGCACAGACUGACAGCGAUGUCUAUUUCUUGCAGAGAUGGCCUUCUCUGUGGUCCCUCUGUGAAAAAGAUCUCCAUCCUCUGCAGGAGGUUUCAGAGGAUCCCCUUCUCCCCUUCGAGUUAAUAAAGAGAGCCGUCAAACAGCUCGGGAAGCAACUCAAGGAAUCUUGUGACAAAGAAUUUGCUUCAAUCUCUCAAGCUCUCAUUGUAGCUGACGGUGGACAGCAGCAGGAAUCAGAUAGUGAGACGGAGGGAGACAACAUGCAGCAAAGAUGUGAAGCCAGUAUCCCACAGUCCCAUGGUCUCUAUGGAGUUAACGACACUCUGACUGAACAGAACGUGGAGCCUAAAACUCGAGCAGACUUCCUGCAGUACGCUUGUGUCCUCAGCCUGGACCCCACCACAGCCCAUGAGGACAUGGCUUUUUCUGCCGGAAACAAAGAGGUGAGGCUGAGCCCUCUCAAGUGUAAGAGCCCGGCUAUUCGUUACCCGGAAAGGUUCAUCCACCGACGGCAGGUGCUGUGCAGGGAGGGGCUGCAGGCCGAGCGCUGCUACUAUGAGAUAGAGGUGGAAGGAGGUAAGGCUGAGAUUGCUCUCGCCUACAAACGGAUGAACAGGAAAUCUCGCACCAAACUGUCGGCUUUUGGGGGCAAUGCAUAUUCCUGGAGUCUUGAUCGCUCCACAAGCUACUCUGUGAGCCACAGAGCUGACAGCAUCCAGCUCACAACAUACCCGAGUCAUCACAGGCUCGGCGUUUAUAUGAAGUUUAAAGAGGGAACUCUGUCAUUCUACGAGGUGUCGGACAGUAUGAAGUUUCUUUACAAGCUUGAAGCUGAGUUCACAGAGCCUCUGUAUCCGGGCUUCUGGCUGGGGGAGAAAUGUUGCAUCAGGAUCUGUGAUUUGAGACAACCUGAGAGAAGUAGAAAUGGAUCGAGUUAGCCCGCUACAGCGGUCACAGUUCUUUGCAAUGGCAACAGUACGCAUACAAAAGGGCAUCCCUCUGACUAUCCUGCUAUGUUGAUUUAAAUGAAAAUGUCCGUUUUAAUCUCAUUCUUUUAUUCAUAACCAUGACUGAAUCAUGUGUUCUUCUUUUUAAUGUUUUCUGAAGCUUGGUUGUCUUCCACAUGUGGGGUUGUCUAAUAUAAAGAAGCUAAACAAUAGUCUUCAUUAUGUUGUAUUACAUUUCUUCUAGUGAAUACUCUGCCUUGUAAUAUGAUAUGAAACCAUAUAAUAAGUAGUAUAAUAAUAUUAAUAUCUAUCUAAUGUUAGAAACAUGAAAGCAACAUGUGUGAGAUUUAUAGACCUGCCAAAGAGCCAGAGACGCUCGUAAGCCUGGUGAAAUAUGAAAGAAACCCCAAAGAUGCUAGUGUCGGCAAAAAACCCAAGAUCAUCCCACAUGUGAGACCUUUAUAAAAGAGCUGACAAGAAAGUUGAGGGUAUUUGAGUUAGAAGAAGUCCUGACUCUUAUUCUGGCCCAGACUUGAACUUCUUUCCUCCGACAAUUACACAGCAGAUCCCUUUGAGCCUUCUGGAGCCACAGUAUGUGUUCGGUAUAGCAAAAGGGACAAAAUGACGCAUUUGUGUUCACUGGAAGGAACAGAAAUAUGGUGGAAAGGGAAACCAUUGAACCACAUAUCCAUCCUCAUACACAAUAUCCUUGUGUCUUUAUGCCUCCGUGUGGCGACAGCCCGUCAUAUUUUUGGGUUGUCUGUAUCAUUGUCGUGAACGCGAUAUCACAGAAACACCUUCAGGGGAAAAAAACUUUGAUUUAAGAAUUAAAUGAUUCAACUCGAACAACCGAGGCAUACAACUGUAAGGCGGUAAUUCUAUAUUAUUGUGAAAUCACUUUGAAUUUAAACUUUCUCAGAUAGAUGAGGGGCCCCCUUGGGUUUCCCUGGGACCUCUGCAGGUGCCAACUCCACAUUUAGGGAACCACUGUCUUAAAGUUCAGCUAAAGUAGCUUCAUCUUGAUACAUCAAACUCAACUGAACUUAUGAAAUAAAUGUAAUUCAAAUAAACCUAUAUUAUUUUCAUGUCAUGUCUAAUCAUAUCUGCACAGUCUGAGCCUAUUAUACUGUUCAAUGUUGUUACUGUACAUAUAACCAAAUGUAUAUGCUGUUCAUACCAUUACUGUUUGCAUAUCCAAUCUGCAUGUGCACUCUGUUACAAAUGUAUAGUAGUUUAUAGCGUCACUCAAUGCACUCUGUAUAUAAUAUAUCACAUUGUACACUUCUGGUUAGACACUAACUGCAUUUCAUUGGCUUGUACCUGUACUCUGCCAAUGACAAUGAAGUUGAAUCUAAUCUAAUUUAAAUGUAAAGUUGCUUUUAUUCUGAAAAUAAUCAGUAGCAGGGUGACGUGGGUAACUGAUUAUAUUUAUCUUUAUUUAAUUCUGUAUCAUUUUCAAUAAGAAACAGACGAUAUACAUCCCCAAUGGAAGAAAAGGUCCAGAAAUCCGACAGCAGCUUGUCCACUCUUUUUUAUUAAUAUUUUUGGUGAUGUUCACAAUUUUCUUUUUACAAUAAUUUUCAGUAUCAUACAAUCAUAAUAUGACUGAGGAGAGAGAGAGAAGCUGUAAAGGGACAUUUAUAAACGUGUCUCCUCUACAGACAGUGCUUACAACGUGUGCUCAAUAAGGCCCUGCACCAACAGGUAAUAAGAAGGAAUCUACACACCUACAGUAUAUAGUAAAACACACACACACACACACACACGCAUUCAUUAAAUGUACACACACACACACACACACACACACACACACACACUCCAGCACUUGUAAGGAAGUCGUAUCUUCCCUUUGGCUGUAAGAGGGCAGGUCCUAAUCAUUGCUAACUGACACUUAUGUGUCAAACUUAAUUAUUCUGCAGUUAAUAACUUCAUAUUGCUUUUACACUAUGAGGACAACAAAACAAAUGCUAACUUUUUUUUGCAGUCCUAGUGAAAAAAGUGCAUUAAUCACAUUCAUUAUUACUUUAUGUUGCAUUUACUGCUAUAACAGUUACUUUUUAAGACAUUGAUAUACUUCACAAAAUCUAUCUUCAGAAUAGUUUGAUGACAGAAGAUUAUUUACAGACUUGAACAACAGAGGUAUCUCUACAUGAUGCACUCAGCAGGAACUGAGUGCCUGGCUCACACGGACUAAAACAAGACAAGAGAUAAAACAAGACCUAAAGUUUAGAGCCACACUAGCAGUCCAUCAAGACAGCGAUGCUCUCUACACACACAAAUUAAUUGUUGAAUAGAUGAAAAAUGAAGAGACAAAUCUACC